AUGGUCUUAUCAAAAUUUUUAUCAAACCAAAAUCCAAAAAUAAAUGAACAGUUAAAUCAAAAUACAGCAAUUCAUAUUGGUAUUAUUUGUGAUGGAUGUCAAGGUCCUGUUAUUGGUAAUCGUUACAAAUGUAUGGAAUGUAUAGAUUAUGAUCUUUGUCAAACAUGUUCGAAUAAAAAUCUUCAUUCUGAAUAUAAUAUGUUGAAAUUAACACGAGUCUUUCAACAUCAUCGAUGUAAAUAUGGACAUCGUUUCUGGUAUCAUUUUAUGCGACAACAAAAUAGAUCUUUUAAUCUUUAUAUUCCAUGUGAUAUAAAUAAUUUUCUUAAUCAUUUUAAAGGGAAAGAAUUAUUUGAAUUAAUCGAAAGUUAUAUACCAGAAUAUUUACGUACAGAAAAAUUAAAUGAAAUAUUAAAUCAAUUUAAAACUAGUGAACAACCUGAUAAAUCUAUCAAUGAAACAAUUCUACUUGAAAAUAUUGGUGAAAUUCUUUCAUCAUUUGCUAUUAAUUGUGAUUAUUCUGUUAAUAAACAAACUGAUGAAGAAUCAAAAUCUCAAAAGAAAAAUGAAGAAUCAAGAACAACAAUUAAUACUAGUACAGAAUCUAAACCAACUGUUCCAUCUUUAAGUAAUUUAUUUCAACAAUUUCAAACAAUAUUUGCUCCAAUAUUUCAAUAUUUGACAACAACAAAAACUGUUUCGCCAGAAGAAGAUCAACAAGCUCAAGAUCAAAAAAAGGAUUGA